AUGGCUCUGCAGGAUGUGUGCAAGUGGCAGGCCCCUGAAACCCAGAAACCAUCCCUUCAUCUGCCUCAAGCUGGUGACUGUGCUGUGCCCCGAGGCUGUGACCCUCAAGCCUUCCUGCAGAGCUAUGGCCCCCAUCUGGCCCACGGCACCACCACCCUGGCUUUUCGCUUCCGACAUGGUGUCAUUGCUGCGGCUGACACUCGUUCCUCCUGUGGCAGCUAUGUGGCCUGUCCAGCCUCACGCAAGGUCAUCCCUGUGCAUCGGCACCUCCUGGGUACUACCUCUGGCACGUCUGCUGACUGCGCCACAUGGUACCGGGUGCUACAGCGGGAACUGCGGCUUCGGGCACUGAGGGAUGGUCAGCUGCCCAGUGUGGCCAGUGCGGCCAAACUCUUGUCAGCCAUGAUGUCCCGCUACCGGGGUCUGGAUCUGUGUGUGGCCACUGCCCUGUGUGGCUGGGACCACUCUGGCCCUGCCCUCUUCUAUGUCUACAGCGAUGGCACUCGCCUGCAGGGGGACAUCUUCUCUGUGGGCUCUGGAUCUCCUUAUGCCUAUGGUGUGCUAGAUCGCAGCUACCGCUAUGACAUGACCAUCGAGGAAGCCUAUGCCCUGGCCCGCUGUGCUGUGGCCCAUGCCACCCACCGUGAUGCCUACUCAGGGGGCUCAGUGGACCUUUUCCAUGUGCGGGAGAGUGGUUGGGAGUAUGUGUCACGCAGUGAUGCCUGUGUGAUGUAUAUGGAGCUGCAGAAACUUCUGGAGCAUGAGCAUGAGCAGGAGAAAGAGGCAGAAGCUAGCCAGGCCCAUCCUGAGCCUGUCAGUCCCCGAAGUGCUGGAGAAGAUGGAAAACUCUCUGCAGACCAAGAGGGAGUGACAGCAGAAGACUCCAGGAUGCUAGCAGAGGCUGAAACAAAGUGA